UCGUUUAUAUAAAAAGUUUUCCCCGUUUUCAUUCAGUCGCACCCCGAGUUGUGUCCCGACCAGUCGCCCCAUACGCGACCAGUCUCAGUGGAAGAACACUUUUUACAACACCUCUCUAUGUACAAAAGUGAAUUGGUUGAUGAUUGAAAAUCAUUCCGCCAGUGGCCAGUGUCUGUUUCUCGUCUGAAUCCGGUGGAGUUGCACACGAGUGCCGAGGAUUGGGGAGCUUUUGUGUAUAUUUAGCACGGAAAUUGACCGAUUUGUGCACAAUUUUCUCUCAGAUUUCUCAUUCAACACUUUCGCUCGCCUUGUUUUCCACCUUUUCAUCGCAUUGUGGGAAAGAAAAGAGUGGGAAAAGGGUCUCCAUCAGUGGUGUCAAAUUGCUCAGAUGAGUAAAUUUGCAGCAAUUUGUGCAAGUUGACAAAACUGUAUGUCUGGUAAAUUGUCCUGUGAGUGUGUGUCAUAGAGAUUUAAUUGAAUUUGCACACAAAACCAAUAACAAUGCAUUUGUCAUGUGGUCUAGUGGUCCACGUCGUCAUCAUUUGAAAGAAUAUCCGUGCUCUGUGCGUAGGUCGUCAGGGUGUCGAAGGAGAGCGAGAAAGGAAAGCUCCUGCAAUAAAGCAAAUUACAUUGAGUGAAAUAUUGUGAGUUGGUGUCAAAUUCGCAAAAACAUAAUCUCCGUAGCAGCUUCCAAUCCGUUUUGUCGUUGUCUCUUCGCCUGCUGGAGGAAAUUUGGUGGAGAAGAAAAAAUGUACGGAUUUGUGAAUUACGCUCUUGAACUGCUCGUCAUCAAAAAUUUCGGAUUACAAAUAUGGAACCAAAUAAAGAAAAAGGCUGAAGUCACGAUGGAGGGACAAUUUCUCGUCCGGCAAAUCUACGAUGACGAAAUAACAUACAAUCUGAUAGGUGCUGCUGUUGAAAUAUUAGAAAUACCCGCUGAUGCUAUUUUAGAGUUAUUCGGGAAGACCUUUUUUGAGUUCUGUCAGGAUUCGGGGUAUGAUAAAAUUCUCCAAGUCCUUGGUGCUACUCCGCGGGAUUUUUUGCAGAAUCUCGAUGCCCUGCACGACCACCUGGGAACGCUGUAUCCGGGAAUGAGGGCUCCAUCUUUCCGGUGUACCGAGAGCGAAAGUGGUCUCAAGCUGCAUUACUAUUCCGAGCGUCCCGGUCUCGAGCACAUUGUCAUUGGAAUAGUCAAGGCAGUGGCAUCGAAGCUCCAUGGCGUUGAUGUGGAAAUUCAAAUAAUUAAACGAAAAGGCGAACCCAUCGACAGCGAGGACCCAGUCAGUCACAUAGACCAUAGCAUAGGGUUAGGCAAUCAAAAUCGCGUAGGACGGCAAAAUUGUACCUGUAUGAAAUCGCCAGCGCUGCAAAAUGGGAGCAGCAAGGAGGUUAUUUGCACGUGUCAAGAGAAUUUGCAGCAGAAUUUGAGUCGAAUCAGCAACGAGACGACCGUCGUGGGUUUGAGCGAGGAGAGCGGAAAGAGCAAGGCGGGAAGUCAGGAACUUUCGGACCAUAUCCAAUUUUUGAUAACGGAAACCUCCGGCUCCAAUACGGAAAAAUCAAUAUCGACGGAGGAGAAGGAUCUGCCCGAUGAUGCAGAAAUAACGUCUCAAGAUGGUGCCCUAAUAUCGCCAUCAACCUUCUGCAGAGUGUUCCCAUUUCAUAUUAUGUUCGAUCGGCAAAUGCGAAUUGUUCAGGCGGGAAAGUCAGUUUCACGUGUUAUCCCCAGAGUGUCAGAGGAGAACUGCCCACUGUUGGAAGUGCUGGAAGCCGUGCGACCCCACUUGGACAUGACUUUCGAGAACGUUUUGGCCCACAUUAACACAAUUUACGUGCUGAAAACAAAACAAGGUGCAAUGGGCGAACACGAGCGAUAUCUGAGACUGAAGGGUCAAAUGCUGUACAUACCCGAAUCUGAUUUGAUCCUGUUCCAGUGUUAUCCCAGUGUUAUGAAUCUCGAUGACCUCACCAAGAAGGGCUUGUUCAUAUCCGACGUACCGCUUCACGAUGCAACGAGAGACUUGGUCCUGCUGUCUGAGAAAUUCGAGGCAGAGUACAAGCUCACGAGAAAUCUGGAGAUACUGACAGACAAGCUACAGCAGACCUAUCGGGAGCUGGAGAGUGAGAAACAGAAGACAGAUCGCUUACUGUACUCCGUUCUACCGAAAACCGUCGCUAACGAGUUGAGGCAUCAGAGACCUGUCCCUCCCAAAAGGUACGUCACUGUGACUGUCAUGUUUUCUGGCAUCGUGGGCUUCGCCAAGUAUUGCGCUGAAAAUACGGACGCCGAGGGCGCGAUGAAAAUAGUGAAGAUGCUGAAUGAACUCUAUACAGUGUUUGAUGCCUUAACCGAUUCCAAGCGGAAUCCCAAUAUUUACAAAGUCGAAACUGUGGGUGAUAAGUACAUGGCAGUGUCUGGCCUUCCGGAUAUGUGUGAAAACCACGCCAAAUGCAUCUCCAACCUCGCCCUCGACAUGAUGGAUAUGGCGAAGAAUGUCAUGAUGGGAUCUCAGCCUGUGAGAAUCACAAUUGGAAUACACUCUGGCGAAGUGGUGACGGGGGUGAUUGGAAAGAGGAUGCCACGAUACUGUCUUUUUGGGAAUACCGUAAAUCUCACAAGUCGCACAGAAACGACAGGCGCCCCAGGAUGUAUUAAUGUGAGCGAAGAGACCUACAAACUCCUCUGCGACGAGGUGAACUACGACAGCUCAUUCCAGCUGGACUUACGAGGUCCGGUGGUGAUGAAAGGUAAACCCGAGCCGAUGAACGUGUGGUUUUUGACGAGGACCACCCCGCGGGACGUGAGUGCGGAAUUGGAGCCCAUUUCGGUCGAUAAUAAAUUAUAACCGA